CUUUUCAUUAGAUUCUAAGCUUUCUAAAGGUCUGUCUCUAAGCGCUGUUUGUUCUCUGAGCCGAUCGUAAUUGUAGCAGACAGCUGACGUGCAUAUUAGUAAACAGUAAACAGGUAAACAGGUAAACUCGGACCGAUGACUGAUGUGUUUUAUUAUGUUUAUCAUUGUUUUAGUGUUAAAAAUCAAAAGUAGUGAUAUACGUGGUGCAUUAUAAGAAGAUUUAAGUGGUUUUGAAGUGCUGGUUGAUGAUCGUGAAGAAAAUGUCAAAUGCUGAAGGUGGAGGAAGUUCCAAGGAAACUGAUGAAGAAAAUGGUGAAAGUGAACGUGAAGUAGGCUUAGUUGAAAGAGUAAUAGAAGAUUCCUGUCAAAUUCCUUCUAAUGAUGAAGCAUGUAGUGCAAAUGAAACACUUAGGCCUACUACAUCAGGAAAAGAACCCGAAAAAAUCGAGCAAGAUGGAGAGGCUAGUGAAGGAACAAACGCUGAAGGCUCAUCAAAUGCAGAUCAACGGAUUUCCGAGAGUUCAGAAACAACCGUUGACAACGAUGUCGGUUUUGCCAGAAGACGAAGGAGUGUUGGGAGGCAAUAUCGACGGAGAAGUGGAGCAGACGAGUCAUCUGAAGAGGAUGCAAUGUCGUCUGAUGACUCUGAGUGGUUACCGUCUCGUGGCCCUUACCAACACUUGCAACACUUGCUGUCCAGGUCAUCGUCAGACUCGAGUAAUAAUCUGUCGAUGGAGUGUCAAGCCAGCGAAGACGACAAACCGACACCCAAAGUUCUCCUCAAGUGUAAGCCUAAACACAAGUGGUUUGCCAUGAGAGAAAUUGUGGGCAGGGAAACAGGUUGGAGUGCUCGCUUUCAAGGUCCAGAAAGAUUUCAGCAUCGAUAUUACGGAUCUUUACAUGCAGUACAGCGGUUAGAACUCAUGUAUAAAUUAGACGAACAUCGAGGAUGUGUUAAUAGCCUAAAUUUUAACAGGUCUGGACAACUACUAGCCAGCGCCAGUGAUGAUAAGAGAGUCGUGUUGUGGGACUGGGCUGCGGACAGGUCUAUACUGAGCUUUGACAGCGGUCACAGCGGAAAUGUGUUCCAGGCAAAAUUCCUGCCACUGAGUGGCGACAGGCACAUUGUAACUUGCGCUCGAGAUGGCCAAGUGCGUCUGAGCGUUUUGAGUGGCAUGGGAGUGUGUAAAGGCACUCGGCUGUUGGCGCACCACCAACGACCUACACACAAGCUGGCGAUUCACCCCAACACACCACAUGAGUUCCUCAGUGCAGGGGAGGAUGGUCUAAUUCUCAGCCACGAUGUCCGCUCCAACAAAUCCCACAGAGUGACCAUUGUGAAAGAAGCAAGCAAGAAGGUGGGGUUGUACAGCAUCCAAAGCAACCCUGCGUUCAGCGAUGAGUUUAUUGUGACUGGUGAAGACCAGUACAUCCGACUAUACGACAGACGGAAGAUCUCGAAUGGAGUCCCUUUAAAAAAGUUCUGCCCUGUUCAUCUGUUAAAGUCAGAUUCGCUGCUGCAUGUAACUUGCGCCGUGUUCAACUGUAAUGGUACAGAAGUGAUCGGGUCAUACAACGAUGAUGACAUUUACCUUUUCGACACAAGACUUCCACCAGGCACGGACUACCAGCAUAAAUACGAGGGACAUCGGAACAGUAUGACAGUCAAAGGUGUGAACUUCUUCGGACCCAGAAGUGAGUUUAUAGUCUCAGGUUCGGACUGUGGCAACAUCUUCUUCUGGGACAAGAGUACAGAGGCAAUUGUGCAAUGGAUGAGGGGAGAUGAGGACGGAGUGGUGAAUUGUCUGGAACCACAUCCCCAAGUUCCCAUCAUUGCUACAAGUGGAUUGGACUACGACAUCAAGAUCUGGGUGCCGUCUUGUGAACAAGAGCCGACACUGAAGGGGCUUAGAUCUGCUUUGGAAAAUCCCAGAAGGCAAAAGAUCCGAGGUCUGAAGCCUCUGGUUCAAAGCAGGGGUUUUGAGACAGUCAUAGGGAACCAAGGUAAUCGUGAGCAUUACCGAAGUCGAACGUCCGAUCCCUUCGACCACCGACAGAUGAGAUGGCUAUGGCAGCAGAUACAGCGGUUCGAGCGAAUAAGGGGUGCUCCGAAUACCUCUACCACUCGUGGGGAAGGAGAGGGGGGUGAACCUGGCAGCAGUCCAGGACAAGCUGUGUCGUCUACCUCCAACAGCUCUGACGAAGAGGCUGAUGGAGUGAGACCUCAAUGUACACCAUCGUAGGACUCAAGACUGUUUCGCUGAUCUUUUCCCUUCUUGGUAUUUCUCUAUUGUCAGGCCUCCAAUAAAAAAAAAACACUCGGACUGUGAUAAAGUGUUUAUAUUGUAAAUAAUUAUUUACUUGAUAUAUAUUAUUGAAUAGAUGAUUUAACAUUUCCUAAAAAAUGCCACGUUCUAGCAAAUAAUUGAACUCUUUAGACUUUAGAAUAUGGUUAAAACAAAAUUAAGCAAGUAUUUUAUGUUAUUUUCCAAUUUAUUGUGCUAACAGCUGUGUCAUGUAGUACACAUUUUAAUACAAGCCAUUUCUUUUAAGCUACAAUUUUAACAACAAAAUUUGUAGCUCUUAUUUGAGUUGUAACUCAAGGACCUAUGUGAACAAUUAGUAAUGAAACAAGACCAAAUAGGUGUUGUCUGAAAACAGUAAAACUGUUAAAAAGAGUCUGCUAGGCUCUGAGUAGCAAAUAGGAGAAAAAUAAGCUUUGUUUCUAUUAUUAAAUGGUUUCUAUAUAGGUUCCCAUGCAAAACUCAGGCACGAAAUUCAAGUAUGCUAUCAUUUUGUUAGUAAAAAUUGUCAUUACUGUACCAUAUUAACCAAGUCAACUGCUAAAUUCCGCCAUAGACAAAUAGAAUAAAUAUAGACUCUUAAAGGAAGGUUCCGGCACUCGCCGCUAGGAGUGCCGUGUAGUUACGGCGCACACCGCUGCAGGCGAGGAGCGCAGGAGCUGUAUGUAACCAGCAGACGUUGCAGCAGUGUGUGCCGUAACUACACGGCAAACCUAACGGUGGACGCCAGAACCGCCACACGGUGGUGCGCUGUAUGCUAACCGCAGCACAGCUGAUGGUCUAUAUUUAUUUUAUUUGUCUAUGAUGCCGCAGACCAAAUAUUUAGGGAUCUGUCUAGUCUUGGUUUUAUAUUUCUAUCCUUUUUUAAGUUAAAAUCCUCUACAAUACAGAAAAACUUCUACCGAAAAUACAGCUAAGCCGUUUUGUAUAACUUAUUCUUUGGUUAAUCAAUGGUUGGAAACUAAGGUUAUUUUGGAUCAAUGGUCUGUAAUUUUUUUACAUUUUUUUAUUACCGUUCUUUUAAAAUCUACAUUUAUAUAGACAAAAUAUAUCAAACUUAUUGACAAGUUUCUGAUGACUUUGGGUUGCCAAUUAGUCGACCCAUGCUAAGGACAAUUCCCGUUGCCUAGCCAAUGUUGAAUGUUCCAAGUUGAGGUUAGAGCUGUGUCAAAAACUGAACACACAUCUAGUUUGUUAUUCACUAUUAAUUAAUUUAUUAUUAUUUUUAAAACUCAUUUUAUAUCAUGUGUUUUGUGUUAAAUUUUAGUAGAUGUAAUAUUUAAUUUGACUUAAAAAACAUUUUAGGUAGUGUGAAUUUAACAGAGUGAGUUUUUCAUGUAUUUGUAACGUUUAACGUUUAAAAUUAUUUACUUGUGUCACAACUUUGUCUUGGCAGUUUUACGAAAAUUAUGUUUGAAACAAAUUGAAUUUUUUAA